AUGGCUGAUGCUGAAGAGCUCAAGGACGAGAAAGAUGUGAUCAAAGCCGAUGAUGAGCAGGCAGAUGCUCAGAAGAGAGAGGAUGAGUCGAUCAAGAAGAAUCGACAGCUGCGAGCAGAAGUUGGACCGCAAGCCUUCAACUACGUGAAGCGGCUACACAAGAACCUUGGUCAUCCUGCCCCCGAUGUGCUUUGUCAAAUGCUCAACAAGGUGCAGGCGACCGACACGGUGCUGAAGGCGGCGAAGAACUACCUCUGUCCAAGCUGUGUCAGCAAACGGACCCCGCUCACUUGCCCUCACCCCCCCCCCUCCGUGGUGGACUCAGCGUGGAUCAACACCGACACGGGCCGGAAAUGUGUGCUGACCAUUCUGGAUCAAGCAACUAGGUAUGUGGCGGUGCACAUCUUGAAGGCCGAGCGUGCGGAGGAGCUCAUUAAGGGCAUCGAGCGGGCUUGGAUCAAACAGUUCGGAGUUCCUCGCUUCCUGAGGACUGAUGAGGCGAAGGGCUGGGCUAGUCGGAUGCUUCGGGACUGGGCCAGCGACAAGAACAUUGCCCUGGAGAUUGCGCCGGCGGAGGCACACAAUUGGCUCGGUGCAGUGGAGAGAAAGCACCAGGUCAUUCGGAGAGCACUGGAGCUCUUCAUGGAGGUGAACGCGAUGAGCAUGACACGUGGCUUCACGCCAACUCAGUGGGUGAUUGGGAGGAGUCCCAACCAAGUACAAUCACUCACCGGCGACCUGUUCACCCCGACAGUUGACGCCUUGGAUGCAGCUGGUGAGUUUGCCAAUGUGCAGAAGAAGCGACUGGCAGCUCAAACGGCGUUUAUACGCGCAGACAGCGAUGCCAAGCUCAGGCGGGCCAUGAACCAGAACUACCGGCAGAUCAAGGACACGGUGGUGGAUGGACAGGUGGUCUACUACUGGCGGGAGAAGGGAGCCGGAAUCUUGCAGAAGCAGAAGUGGCGUGGACCGGCAAGAGUGGUGGCCAUUGAGCAAGAUAACAAGGAUCGCGAUGCCGUGAUUUGGCUGGCACAUGGGACCUCUCUGCUGAGAUGCGCUACGAAUCAGGUGCGCCCCCGCUUUGAGGACACCGGGAUUCCUUUGAUCUCAGACCCCAACACGGCGCUGAAGGACCUGCAGGAGUUGAGGGCGAGAAGUACCACGCAGUUCAAGGAUGUUUACCAUCCUGAGUUGCCGGGAGACGAAGAAGAUGACAGCGACGAGCUCGACGCCGAGUAUGAACCUGAAGAACCUGGAGAGCCAGGUGAGUCACCCGAGGUGGAUGAGAGCAUGUUGCCGGGCAUCGUGGUUUCUCUGAUCCGGAGCCAUGCGAGAAGGGCGAGCGGGUCAGAACCGAUGUCUCGUGAGCGAACGCCUCGGCGAGAAGCCAGUGAACCAGACCCAGCACCACCAUCUGAAGUCAGUGGAGAAGCAGGUGGACCAGAAGACGGGCGUGAGAGAAAGGAGAGUGACCGACCUGAACCUGAAGGCGUGAGAGAAGAGAAGCGACGCCGUGUCGCAGAUCCUUCAGAUGUGCCCGUACCCGAAGACAUUGCCGAUGAUGACCUCAUCAUCGAUGACAUCACCUUCGUCGAUGGCAUGGACCCUGAUGUCCCGGAUGGCUGGGUCAUGGUCGACGGUGAGUACGAGCUCUCGGAUGUGUGGAUGGUCCAGAACUUGCGGAAGACGGAGGCAUCAGAGAAAACGAUGACAGCUGAUGAGAAGGCCCUCAUGAUGCAGGCUAAGAUGGAGGAGCACAAGAACUACUUCCGCAACAAGGUCUGGAACUUUGCGGAGGUGAACCCGGGCGAUGAGUCGCGGAUUGUGUCAACACGAUGGGUGCUGACAUGGAAGGUCACGGAGAAUGGUCCGAAGGCAAAGGCACGGCUUGUGUUGCGCGGAUACCAGGACCCGGUCUUUGUGCAGAACUUGGACUGGCUGAUGUUCGUUGGGGACGUUCGAGCAGCUUUUCUGUCUGGAGCAAGCUUCGACCGGAAGAUCCUCGCCAAGCUACCCGCGGACUGUAGUGCUCUACUUGGAGUACGUGGACAAGCCUACAUGCGGCUGCUGAGAAGCGCAUAUGGCCUCGCGGAUGCGCCAUUGCUGUGGUAUCGGGAGGCAAAAUCCAGAGUGGAAAAGAUUGGCUUCAGGUGCCACAGACUGGACAAAUGUUGCUUCAUGUACUACGGCAAGGCCGACUACGCACUGAAGGUCAUCCUCAUCAUGCACGUCGAUGAUGUGAUGUGCGCCCAAGCUCGUGAAUCGGAAGCAGAUGCUGUGGUCGAGGAGGUGCGCAAGAACUUUGACUUUGGCAAGUGGAAGAAAUUGUCGGAGAAGAACCCCAUCACAUACUGCGGAUGCCAGAUCAGCAUUCAACACGGUGAGAUCAACCUGGAUGCGGAGGAGUACCUCAAACAGGUCAAGCCGAUCACUGUGGAUAAGAACGGAACCGGUGACAUGACGGACCGGGAAGUUUCGAAGUGCCGUGGUUUGCUUGGAGCACUUCAAUGGCCAGCAGGACAGGUGUCCCCACAUCUUUGUGCUACCACGAGCAUCCUGGCGGGUGAGGUCGCAGCAAGGGCAAGGACCGCAAUUACGGAGCUCAACAAGGGGCUGAGGUUUGCCAAGGCGACAGCUGGGGUGCAUCUGAAGUUCCCAAGCAUGGUGAAGAACCUGGACGAGCUGUGCUUUGUGGCGUUUUCCGACGCGGCUUUUGGCAUUUGUCGGGACUUUAGCUCGCAAGGUGGCUACAUCCUGGUGGCGGCAAACAAGAAGUUGCUGGAGGGUGAGUGCAUGCGGUACACAACCCUGGCUUGGAGGUCAUUCAAGCUGGAUAGGGUGUGCCGGAGUUCGCUUUCCGCAGAAAGCCAAGCAUGUGCGACGGCGACGGACGAGCUGAUGAUCACCAAGCUCUUCUACUCCCUCACGCUCGAUCCUGACCAAGAUCUGAGAUCUGGCGAGACGGUGAAGAAGGCGGGUCAGAGUGCGGUGGUGAUUGAUGCUCGGGCGUUAUACGACGCGACCAAGCGGGACACGAUCAAGAACGCUGUGGACAAGCGGGCUGCUGUGCAAAUCCUGCGCAUUAAGGAGGCGCUUGAGUUCACCGGCAGCGAGAUCAGGCAGUCACUGGCCGAUGCGCUGGGCGGUGGCUACAUUCAACUGGUCUUUGACGAGACCUUCACAGCGGCGAAGAAGAAGACCCACAAGGAGCGGAGUCAGCAAAGCCAGGUGGUGCGCGGAAGCGCCGUGGCGAACUAUGUGAAGGCCAUGAUCAUGGCCAAUGCGGCAGAGUGUGCAGAAGGAAAGUCAGCGGAGGACGAUGAUGACUUCGACUGGCUCAUCAUCUACGGUGUCAUCAUGGUGGUGGUUGUGAUGAGUGUGCUUAUCACCAUUUUGGUGAUGAAGCUCAUCAAGGCAGAGAAGAAGAGCAUGCGAGACAUGGAGACGCAGACCGAUGAGAAUGCCUUCCUGAGAGGAAGAUGCCAGACCCUGGAAAGGAACAGCUCCGUGCUGAUGGCAUCCGCUGGGGGCGCGUUGUUGCGCAUUGCCCUCAGCCUGGAGCCCAGGCGCGUGGUGCAUGUGGUGCGGCCCCCGAGCUUCAUAGCAAUCCCACGGCCGCCGCACUCUAUGAGCCAGGCCAGCGUGUAG